UUGCCUUCCCCCUAUUGCUGUCAAUUUGAGUGUCCUAAAAUAUCGGAGCUCCCAAAAUUUUCUCUCGAUUUCCCUCGCUCUUCUCACGCCGAUCCUAAUUGCCGAUCAGAUUCGUUUCGAUUUUAGUUUCGAUUUUCGAAUUUUCAGAAUUAUUUCUUUUUUUCUGUCGCAGAAAUCUGAUACAAAUCAAAUUUACUGAUAAUUAUUAUGAGAUGAUGCAACGGGUCGUUGACAACAUCAUUGCUGUCACCAAAGAGUCAGUGAAGACGUUCACAUACGAGUCGCUGAACAAUAUUGUGAGGCUGAUUAAUGGAGUUUCAGCUCUUUUAUUGACAUUUUUACCUGGGAAGGCUAACAUCCUUGAAGGCAUUCAUGGCUGGGAGCUCAGGCCCACCUUUCGGGGACCUCGAUUUCCGCGCUGGAUGGAAAAUGGAGUGUCCUCUUUCAAUCAUUUCAUACAUGAGCUUUCUGUGGAUUCUGAUUCUGAUGGCUCGAGCCUUGAUUACCCAUAUGGAGAUGAAGGUAGUAGUGAUGGAGACACAUCUCCUGGAUCACCACUAUCUCAAAGUUCAAGAGUCUCUCGGGCUUCUAGUUUCAGUAGGAACGACAGGCACUGGAUGGGAUGGAUGUGGAUCAGAUACAUAUUUUUCUGGAUUUUGCUUCCCGCAAGGUUUCUGCUUGGGAUUCCAGUUCGUAUUUUCCAAUCGUCUUAUUCUAGGUCGUCAAACGGCUCUUCUGCACCAGGAAGCAGUCAGGUCCUGCAAGCACGAGCUAUUAAUAAAAUGCAGACUCUCAAGGAUCACAUUGUUCACCGAACCACUGAUAGGAGACGUGGAGUCAUUGAGGAUCUUCAUCUAGCAAUCGAGAUAUUCAUAGAAGCCAUAUUUGAUGUUGUUCAUAAGGCAGCACAUUUUAUUCUUUCCCCAUCAGAGGCUUUUAAAACUCUAUCUGGAUGGUAUUCAUUGAGCAGUAGUGGUGCUCAAGAUAGUCAUGAUAGUGAUUCAGAAGUUUCUGUCCCCACAGCUACACUUGGAGAGAAUGAUCCAGCUCCUAAAGAAAGGAAUACUUCAUUUCAACAGUCGCUAAAUACUGAUGCUCGGACAUGCCAGGAUGUCAUAACAGAGCUUGGGUACCCAUAUGAAGCUAUACAUGUGAUCACUAGUGAUGGAUAUGUUCUUCUCUUGGAAAGACUCCCAAGGCGUGAUUCACGGAAAGCUGUUUAUUUACAACAUGGAAUUCUGGAUUCAUCUAUGGGUUGGGUGUCUAAUGGGGUGGUUGGUUCGCCGGCAUUUGCAGCCUAUGAUCAAGGAUAUGAUGUUUUCCUCGGGAACUUCCGUGGCUUGGUUUCUAGGGAGCAUGUUAACAAAAAUAUAUCCUCACGACAGUAUUGGCAGUACUCCAUCAAUGAGCAUGCGACUCAGGAUAUACCUGCAAUGAUAGAGAAGAUUCACCAAGUUAAAACUGCUGAAUUGAAGCUCAGCCAACCUGAUCUUGAGGAAGAAACCAAUGAUGAGCAACCUUACAAGCUUUGUGCCAUUUGCCAUAGCUUGGGAGGAGCAGCUAUACUGAUGUAUGUUGUAACACAGAGGAUAGAAGAGAGACCCCAUAGACUCUCAAGAUUGGUUUUACUGUCACCUGCUGGAUUCCAUGGUGAUUCCAGCCUAAUGUUUACGGUCGUGGAACAUGUCUUUCUUCUAUUGGCUCCUAUUCUGGCACCCCUUGUGCCUGGCUUCUACAUACCAACCAGAUUCUUUCGAAUGCUUCUGAACAAGUUGGCACGGGACUUCCAUAACUACCCUGCCGUUGGAGGACUGGUUCAGACCCUAAUGAGUUAUUUUGUUGGUGGGGAUAGCUCAAAUUGGGUUGGCGUGUUAGGGAUACCACAUUAUAACAUGAAUGAUAUGCCGGGGGUAUCAUUCCAAGUGGCCCUCCACCUUGCACAAAUGAAGCGUGCAGGAAAAUUUAGAAUGUUCGAUUAUGGGAGUGCGUCUGCUAACAUGGAAGUGUAUGGGUCUACAGAGCCAUUGGACUUGGGUGAGUACUAUGGGCUUAUUGACGUUCCAGUUGAUCUGGUUGCUGGGCGGAAGGACAAGGUAAUUCGGCCAUCCAUGGUCAGAAAGCAUUAUAAGUUGAUGAAUGAUGCAGGUGUUGAUGUAUCAUACAGUGAGUUCGAGUAUGCCCAUUUGGACUUUACAUUUUCACAUAGAGAAGAACUGUUAGCAUAUGUCAUGUCACGCUUGCUGCUUGUGGAGCCGUCUCCAAACCAGCAAUCAAGCCAGAAGGCUCUAAGGUUGAAAAAGAAAGGACAGGUCAAUAGUUGAUAAAGUCAGAAAACCCAUGCAUUUCCGUUUUUUUUUUCUUCGGGAUUUGGCAUGUCCUUAGGUGCAGAUUACUGUGAUUAAAUAUGUUCAUACAUCUUUAGUCCAGGGCAAUUAGUGUUUGGUUUCUUCCCCAUCAAUUUUUUCGUGGGGAGUUAACUGUCUGAAAGGCUUAUGCCUGGAUUGAGCUUUGUACAAAAACCCCUAUGUGUAUAUUCUGUAAGAGAGUAAUUGGAUCCAUGAAACAUGUUGUCUCUAUCCAAGAGAACAAUUAAUACACACUGCUUUUUCAAUGUUGA